CGACUAAAUCACUAAGCAGAGACUUUUAACAGCAGAGCGACGCCGAAGCUGAUGCACUCUGGUGCUCAACUAGCACAGCAAGUGUGGUGCAGGCAUGUGCCCACCUUUGCGAGUCUACUGCGUCUGCGAGGUCUCCAUGUCCUACGGCAGACCGACCAUCGGGCCAGCCUCAGCGCGAGUUCCCAUGCGGUGGAAGCACGGCGAAGCCGCGGCGAAGCGGCGGAAGCACCCGCACUGGUGAUCAGCUCCAAGGAGGUGUUUCGACUUGGGGAGACGAGAGCUGUGGACCUGGCAGGAGCUUUGCUGUGCCAGGCGGCUUCGCCGAGCCUGCAGAGCUUGGACUCUGCCGAAUCCGUCGAGCUCAUCUUCGAGGUCAUAGGACGUGGUCCUUUGAGCUCAGCGAUGAAUGCCUUGGCUGUGUGCAACAGGCGUCUGGAAGUUGCAUGGCGGCUAGCCUUCGUGCCCUUGGUCCAUAUCUUUGUCUACUGGGACAGUCAGAUGGCUGCGCAUUUACGUCGCUGCAUGCGCCUACAACUGCGGCGAGUUCCUUUGGAAGCCGUGGCAGCAGCAAAGGAACGACUAGAUGCUGGGAUGAUUGAUGUUGUUCGAGUCAGAGCCGACACGGACCUCCGGCGGCUUAGUGGGUUCUUGCAUUCUCGUUUCAGGCUUUCUGCUCUCGGAAUGGAAGAGCCCAUUGUGAUUGAGUCCAUGGGAGCCAAUGCUAUUGAAAAGAUGGUGAAGGUCCUGGCGGCCGUUUGGGCCCGCAGUGCCCGGGAGCAUGAAGACGCAACGUCUGCAUCGGAUCAAGACUGUGCGUUCCAUUGCUAUGUGGAGCCUCAACGAUUGCCGAGUCCCGGCUUGGAACUCUACAGUGGAGUCCAAUGCAUUCUCCUGCCAGUGAAAGAGCCGCAGUCUGGGCAUGGGGCAAACACAGACGCAUUCUCAUGGACAGUGCGGUGCAUUCGAUUUGAAGGCAUAGGACCAUGCACGGGAUUGUGCACAAUGGAUCAAGCCAAUCAGACUGUAGGAUACGGUAGGAGGAUUAGGAGGCAACGGUAA